AUGAAUUGCGUCACCGAACAAUACCACCAAUUAGCAGAGUUUCUUAAGGAUAUAAGAGACCGUGUAAGCGCCGAAGAUGGGGACCGCAUUACUGACAUCCUGGAUGAGAUCGAUGAGGACUUGUCAGAAAACAGGCUCACCCCGACUCCAACACCAUCGCAUCUUGACGUGGACGACAGGCGUGGCUCGCAAGAAAGCGGAGAACUCAGUGGUACUGAAUACUUCGAGCAUCAUGAGAUUGAAGCCUUGGAUCUCCUGGAUGAAGACUUGCAUAGCAAAGACGAGGCCCGAUCAACGGGAUUCAUUGGAAAGAGUUCAGAGGUACAAUGGUUGCGUGCAGUGGUCCUAGCCCAGCACGAAAGAACGAAUGCAGAGUGGCCAGGAUCCGAGCCUCAACGCCGUCCUUCGGUUGCUCCAGGUAGCGAGCAGAUAAGUUCGUUUAGCUUCUGGGCUGACUGUGACGAUGUGAGUGUCAACUUCUACGUGGACCCAUACGAACUGCCCCAACCCGACUUCGCUGAGCAUUUGAUACGAUGCUAUAUGCUCAGGGUGCACGAUUCCUUCCCGAUCCUGCCACGAAACUUCGAGGAACAAACUCGCGUGUAUUUCACGGCUUUGCGCGCGGGGAAUGCCCUACGUCUCAACCUCAAGUGGCAGGCCAUCUUGAAUCUUGUCUUCGCCAUUGGUGCAAAUUAUUCGUACCUUUACAACAAGGACUGGCCGACAGGAGACGCCAAUGUGUUCCAAGCCAGGGCGCGGGCGUUUGGUUUGAAUGAAGCUUCUCUGACUACUCAUGCUGAUGUGCCGCGAAUCCAAGGCUUGGGUCUUCUCGCGUUCUAUUGGCUAAGUAUCGGACAAGUUAGUCGGUGA